UUUACGUUGAACCUAUCCACUGAUUCCGAGAAUGAUUUUAAUGAGUGCGCGUAGAACAAACACUGUCGAGAAACGUUAUUCCCGAUUGCCGGGAUUGUAUAUUUCAAAUUAAUUGUAUGAAAAGAACAUGAUUCUUUCUGACGAAAACAAUCGUGAAGCUAAGUAAGAUGCAAUAGUUGAAGCUUUGAAGUCAGUUUGGUCAUCGUUGCUUAAUCUGAUGCAAGGUAGCACACGUGAUGUUUGUCAUGAGAACAGUUCCAAGAUCAAAAUGUGAACAGAAAGGAACCCAAAUGAAGUUGCAUUCGCAGUAUAUAUAUAUUAUGUCAACUUAAAAAAAAUUUGCAAGUUGACAGAAUGUAAUACGAAUGUAACGGUGACAUUCGUAAAUUUUCAAUGUAUGAAAGACCCACUUCCGUAUUUCACUAAAUGAAAGAGAAAUAUGAGCGUAGAAUUGGAAACUGAUGCGAAUCUCGAAGAAAUAUACACUUGGAUCGAGCAAAUACCGUUUUCCAAACCAAAGAAAAAUCUUGCGCGAGAUUUUUCUGACGGCGUCUUUAUGGCUGAAUUAUUAAAGCGAUACUACCCCAGAUACGUCGAUAUACAUAACUAUAUACCUGGAAAUAGUAUUGCAAAGAAGAUAGAUAAUUGGUGUACUUUAAAUCGCAAGGUACUUUCAAAACUUGACAUAAAAUUAGGAAAGGAUGUGAUUCAUCAACUGGCAAAUUCGCAGUCUGGUGUUAUUGAAAAAAUUUUAAUUGAAGUGCGUACAAAAAUUUUAAAAGAUUGUAAUGCAGAUAGGAGUUCCUUGUAUUCCGAGUACGAGGAAAACGAAAAACAGGAAGUUGUUAAGUCGGUGCUUAAUCCUGAAGAAAUAGCAAAUAAAACUGUUCCGCGCCACGUUUUCGUUCGAUUGAAACAAGAAUUGGAAGAAAAGAAUGAAUUAAUAAAUAUGCUUCAUCAAAAAUUGUCUCAUCUCGAAUCAUUGAUAAAGCUAAAAGAUCAAAGAAUUACGGAUCUCACAUCACAAUUAAUGAAACCCGUAGAACAAAGUAUUACUCCAAGAACUGCUACAGUUAAUACAAUUUCAAAAAUUCGAACGAAAAUAUAGUAUAAUUGGAAUUUGAAAAAAGUUAAUUCUUUAAGAAUAUUUUAAAUAACAUUGUACCCCACAAUUUACAUU